AUGAACAUUUGGAUAGCUGCAAGUGAUGGUAGGACAGAUCUAGUUGAAAAAUUUCUAACAGCUGGUACUGGAUUAACAGCAAACUCGAAGGACCCAAACGGCUACACACCAAUACAUGCAGCAGCAGCAUAUGGUCACGUUGAUCUAUUAAGGAAGCUAUGUAAAGAAUACCAUGGUGAUAUUAAUAUUAAGGACUCCGAUGGUGAUACUCCCCUACAUCACUGUGAAGAUAUGAACACAGCACAAGUGAUUAUUGAGGAACUGAAUGGUGAUCAUAAAAUAGUAAAUAAUGAGGGGAAAACUGCAUUACAGGUAUUUGAAGAAGAUGGAGAGUUUCCAGAAUUGAUUGAUUAUAUGCGAGUCAAAUGUGGUAUACCUGUACAAUUAGAUAGUUUCGGUAUAAGAAAGGAGGAUUUACAACAAUUCAAAGAAAAUCUUCGUUUUACCUUGGAGAAUGAUCCAGUAGACGAAUCCAACCCGGAAUCCAUAGAAAGAAGAAAAAGAUUAGAAGAGAUUCUUCAGUCUGAGAACUGUGAACAAGAAUUGGAGAAUUACGUCAGAGAUAUGAUCAGAGAAUCACGUAUCUUAGAUCAAGAUGGAAACGAGUUCCAAGAGUCAGACCAACCAUCAAACAAGCGUAGAAAAUAA